UGUCAAAACAGACAAAUUCAUUUCGAAAUGUUCGCGAUUUUUUCGUCAGUUGAAUUUUUGUCCUGAAUAACAAAUUAAUUGAAUUCUUAUUUAAAUAUUGCAAUUACUGUCCAUUCAUCAUGCUAUUGUCGUGUUAGUAAUGUUGAAAAGUGCUUAGUGUUGUGUUAUGUGUGUUGUGUCCAAUUGUUCCAAAGUUAAAAUAGGAGCUAUGUGUUUAUUGUAAUAUAUUACACAAAAUGUACUGGAUUCUGGAUUAUAUUUUCAAAGUAAGAUGAAGGGCGGGCUGUGUACUAUAUACACGUCUCUUUUGACAAUAUCCGUGCUGUCAAGCUGUGCCCUCUUCAUAUUUGUAGUGUCAGAGGCCUUACACACUGAGGAUGUUGACUCUAAGGCUGAUCUUUCAGGGCUUGGUAAUGUAUCCAAGUCACCGGACACUGCUAAAUCUGAUCCACAAAAGCCUCAAUAUGAAAUGCAGCAAUUACCAGAAACAUCAACCACGCAAGAAACAAUGGAAGAUGAUAAAAAGAUGAUUUUCCCGGACACACUGUCUGUGAACUCUGUGACUACAGAUGGGUUACCUGAAACAGGACAGCCUCCAAUACUCAUCUCUUUAACAGACAAUGCGAAAUUGGACUUGAAAGCAGACGAUCUGUUGUUCGCGAAUGAAUCUGAGCAACACAAUGAUACCAAAAGCUUCUCUAUCAUCGAUGCAUCAUCGACCAGUGAAAAACAAGAGGAUGAAGGCAAAGAAAGCACCGAGCCAAGAUUGAUCGUAAAAGCAACACCCAUGCACGAAACAAGACAAGUUGAAGAAUCAUUUCCAAGUACAACACAUGCGCCGGAAGUAGAAAGUACAGAAUCUCAAACUGAUACGAUAAUUGAAGAUGACAUAACCCUAAAACCAGAAACGCAACCACAAGAAGACAUCCCGUCAUUUUCGGAGUGGGCACAAAAACAAUUAGCAGAAGCGGAGAAGAAAGACACGGUGUUAAACCACUCGAGUCAACCUAGUCAUAGCAAUACGAAUUUUAGUAGUAAGAGCACCAAGCUGCGGUCAAAGAAUUACGCUUCGCCCGCGUGUGGUGCAAAAGUGAUUGCUGUCAACCCCGAGUCGGGGUCAGCGAGUUCAAUAUUGUCUCCUAACAGAGACGAAUACAUGCUCAAUACAUGCAACAGCAGAAUAUGGUUCGUUGUCGAGCUAUGUGAACCUGUCCAAGCUCAAAAAAUAGAAUUAGCAAACUUUGAAUUAUUUUCCUCUACUCCCAAAGACAUCGCUGUAUAUUUUAGUGAUAGAUUCCCCACACGUGAAUGGGCGAGUGUCGGGCAGUUUACGGCCCAAGAUAUGAGAGAUGUGCAAAGCUUUGAUUUAUAUCCACACUUGUUUGGAAAAUUCAUUAGAGUUGAAAUGCUUUCACAUCACGGAUCAGAACAUUACUGCCCUAUUUCUUUAUUCAAAGUUUACGGCACUUCAGAAUUUGAAGUUUUAGAAAAAGAGAGCUCGCAGCAUUCGGCGCUCAAUGAUGAAGAUGAAGACGAUGAAAUAAUAGAUAUUCCUGGUAUACUUACGCCGGAUUCUGAACCUUCUAAGAACUUGUUUGGCUCUGCAAGAGAUGCAGUAAUGUCAAUUGUUAAAAAAGCUGCGCAAGCUUUCAAAACAGAUGUUACUAAUAAUGCGUCCAGUGAACAAAACGACACAUUGUCAGAGCGGGAGUACAAGCGGUGUUGCUCUCCCAGCCAUAUUAUUGUGUGCGAUAACUGUAGUGAAACUCUGUAUAGUGAAGUGUAUGAACUUCUUAGUUGUAGUUCGGACAAAUUAUCAAACUUAGUGCGGCAAGUGUUCCUAAAAGAUACUUUAAAGUGUACUGGUAUAUGUCAACAAUAUGGUUUAGCUUUUAAAAGUACAAAAACAUUAGAAUUUGCGGAGGAACGCAACGCUUACUUAAAUGCUUUAUUUCCGCCGAAAUAUAUAGCGGCUUUGUGUAAUAUUCUUGCUAUCAAAGAGAAGAAAGUAGUGUUGAAUACUAGUUAUGAGACUGAGUUAAAUGUUACCACUAAUAUUACUGAGGAUAAUUCAACGCACAAAAUAAAUGGUGAAACAAACAGUGAACAAGAAGUUAAAGUGAUACCCAAAAAUGACCCUACUGAUGAAGAAAACAAUAAGACCGAAUUAUCAGAAGAAAAUUAUAAUGUACCUGACGAAAAUAUCGAGAAUAAACUAGUAGAUUUUCCCAAAGAUGAGAAUAGAAAAAAAGAUGAUGUCAACGACGGUUUAACGACAUUUAUUGAAGACACUCCAAUAAUAGAUACACAAGAAGACGUAAAUAUAAAUAAAAUUGAUAAUAAACUUUCCGAUAACACGGAAAAAGAAGAAAAGGAAACAAUUCAAAGAGAUAGCAACAAUGGAAAAAUUGAUAUAAUACCAGAAAAGCCCAAAGAGUCUAUAAAUAAUGGAAAUGACGAUGGAAGUGAUACCAAUAUUGUUAUCGACAACGACAAUUUUAUAACAGAAUUUGAACAAAUGGCAGUCGAUCCGCUACCGGCUGGAACACAGAACUCUAUAAAUGUCAACCAAGUCCAAAAUACAAUACAAAAAGAAUCAGUAUUUUUACGACUUUCAAAUAGAGUGAAGACGCUUGAACGCAACAUGUCAUUGUCUGGACAAUAUUUAGAGGAACUGAGCAGGCGAUAUAAAAAACAAGUUGAAGAAAUGCAAAAAUCAUUUGAAAAGACAAUCGUGCAAAUGACUGAAGAACGCCGGAAAAGUAGUGAUAGAGAACAAAAGUAUCUUGAUCAAGUGACGAAUAUGCAAGAGCAACUAAAAACAAUGACUUCGCAUAUAGAAGUAUUACUAUCGGAGCGCGAAAGUUGGUGGGGAAACGUUACUUUCUUCAAAUUUGUUAUAUUUCAAACGAUUAUCAUAAACGCACUGAUAUACUAUUUCUCUAAAAGACGAAAACCUGACCAUAUAGUGCUGCCGAUACCGAAAAAGGUGAAAAAGAAACAAGAGAGGGUGAGACGCAGAUCAGUCGACGGCGUGUCGGGGCACGCAACACCAGCCGUUAAAGUCAGAAGACCUAGUGAGGAAGCAUUUCAAAUUACACGGAAGUCUACGGAAGAAAUGGCAAAGGAAGAUGGCGAAUGGCAAGUCGCUAAGAAAAAUAGAAGAAGAAAACCUUCAAUAAUAUACAAAAGUAUGGAACCAGACGAAACUGUAAAUAUUAAUCAUAAUGAAAUACGAAAUAUUGCAGAGAACACAAUAGCAUUAGACGAAGCGGAGUACUACGCGCCCGUGACCGAUCCUGUCGUGUUCAAUGAGGUCGAAAGAAAAGAGUUACCAAAGUCAAACGGGUCUUUUUUCAACAACUUGAAAAACAAGACUCUGAAGACGAGACGUCUGUCAUCACCAGCUUUCUUGAGAACUUUUAACAGACAAAGUUUAAGAAGCAAUCCAAGUCCUGUGAUGAGUACCUUACAACCUAUCUAUAACGGGAAAAUAAGUAAGAAGGCUGCAUCAGAAUCUCCUACUGGCAGUCUUUGGUCAAACUCAACAGAGCUAUCGCAGAAUGGCCCACAUUUCACAGAAAAUGGUGGCAAAAAGAAGAAAAGCAUAAAAAAUAUUCUUAAAAAAGUAUUUUAAAGACUUUAUACUAUGUAUUUAAAUUGUAAUCUUUUUGCUUAUUUUAAGUAUUCGGCUAUUGUAAUUUAUUUAAUUGUGAAUGUUAUAUUUUAAUGUGUUAUCAUUUUAAAUUAUUAUAUAGAUUAUGUUAGAGCUGUGUAGGUGCCAAUUGUGAUAAAUUAAGAUGCCUAAUGAUAUUGUUAUGAUUUUUCAAAUGAAAUAAUAGUACCAUUGCAAUUAUUAUUAAAAUUGUGUAUGUUCAGUGAUCGAGUGUUGGAUACAAUGUGGCAUUAAAUGCGUUUUAUUUUAA